AAAGGUCACCAUGCGUAAAUUUAGAUCGAUAUUGAUACAUGUUGAACGUUGGAUUUGCAUCCAACGGUUGUGAUGGACUACACGUGGGGACUACACGUGUAAACACGUCAAAUCGUGUCUGCUAUAAACAUACGUGAGUGUGGCGUGAGAAAUGGGAACAGAAAUGGAGUUUCAGGGUUUACCAGAAGGCUGCAUAGCUGUCAUUCUCUCUCGCACCACGCCCGUUGACGCUUGCCGCUUAUCUGUGGUUUCAAAGCUUUUCCAUUCCGCCGCCGAUUCCGAUGCUGUUUGGGAAUGUUUUCUUCCUUCCGAUUACCACUCCAUUAUUUCCCAAUGCUCUCUUCCCAAUUAUCCCUCUAAGAAAGCCCUUUACCUCGCUCUGGCAGAUCACCCUGUCAUCUUCGAUGAGGGCAAGAAGAGUCUUCAAUUGGAGAAAAAGAGUGGGAAGAAGUGUUACAUGAUUGCUGCCAGGGCUCUCUCCAUUGUUUGGGGCGACACUGAGCAAUAUUGGAACUGGACAACUGACCCCGAUUCUAGGUUCCCGGAAGUUGCUGAACUCAUAGACGUGUGUUGGCUUGAUAUUCGUGGGGUGUUUAGUACCCUUACCUUGUCUCCGGAUACUCUGUAUGCUGCUUAUUUUGUUUUCAAGAUGAUCAAUCCCAUUGGAUUUAAAAAUCGGCGUGUGGAGGUAUCAGUAGAUUUCAAUGGUGAUGAUGGUAGUAUCAAACAUGUGUGUUUGGAUGGAUCAUCAAGCGGUAGAAGAGUUGCAGGGUUGCAGCGUCCCAGUUUACGAAGUGAUGGGUGGUUGGAGAUUGAGAUGGGAGAAUUUUUCAAUGGUGGCUUAGAAGAUAAAGUGCAGAUGAGUGUGAAGGAGGUAAAGGCUGGUAAUUGGAAGUCUGGCCUCUUUGUUGAAGGAAUAGAGGUUAGGCCAAAGUAUGAGAAUAACCAACCGGUAUUCACUGUGUAAUUUAAUUCACAGAACUGUAUGUAACUGAAUAUGCGUGGGUAUGAUGAUGUAUUUUAGAUGGCAGAAUGCGGCUUGAACUACAAUGUAUUUUCGUACCAGAAAUAUACUUGUUUUUCCAACUUAAC